AUGAACGUGAGCCGGUGAUGUCACACCGGGCUCGGCAGGGUGCUGGCUUGUGUAGCAGCUCUACAUAUGAUGUUUUCACACCACAACAACGGACCACCCUGCAAUGUUUUCCUCCUUCAAACACUCCAGGGAUUCCUGGAUCCUCUCAAGCUGCCAUUCUAAUAGAAGACUGAUGAGAUCGCAAUGUCCAGAUGACAAGAACAUUCCGUAGGAGACGUCCAACAUUUCCACAUUCAUCAUGUACGCGAGGCCUACAACCCGUUCCUCGUGCGUGUGUCUCGCCCUCGUGAUACUUUGCCAUGUUGUCAUUUGCGUGGCCAACAGAGAAUUGGUGCCCUCCGUGACCCAAGAGACUGCAACAAGAGGUACGGAUACCAGGCAAAGGGCGGAGACGACUAAUCGCGUCCUGCCGGUAGAUUCUGUUCAACCGCCAUCAAACACACCCAGCGGGAGGUACAAAGGCUCAGCAAUGUCCACUUCACCCAAUGUAAUUAGCAGCGGUGAGGCCAAGUCAGUGAUCCCAUCAGCAAUACCACCUAACACAGAUGAAUCCCAGGCUUCAAGGGACACUUCUACAUAUCCACCUACAUCUACUGGCAGUGAGCAAUCCACCAGGCAGGGUAGUCUGUCAGAAGUGGGCAACCCUGUGACACUGACACCCACUGACGUGCAGUCCGUGGUUACGUCGGUUCAACCCACCCGGCCUGUCACGAGCCGACCCACGCCGACCCCUACAAAGACGCCACAGUUGGAGCCAAGCAGUGUUGAUAUCCAGGUUCAGCCUAAGCCGAGUCAGAUCGAUGGAGCUCAGGGGCAAUUAAGCUCCGUAAAUUGGUCUCUUCAGCCGAGCCCUGCGACAGAGGUGCUUAUUUCACGGUUGCAGCCUCAGCCCACUCCUGCCGUCCUACCUAUUGACUUGAGCGAUAGGCCUGCCAUCACACCUACCCCAACUGUUGAAGUACUGUCAGUGUCAAGUAGUAGGACUAUUCUACAACAGACAGGCCCUUCGUUAAUGUUGCAGCCAGACACGGCCACUCAGACAGCUCAGCUAAAUGAUCCACCAUCAACUGUCGCACCUGUGAAUAGUGCAAGCAGCAGUGUAGUUACUUCUCCACCUAGAGUUACAACGUACCAACCACCAUCACAGAAAGACGGGUCAGUGACUACAGUGGGUCCGAUAGUCACAACUCCUGUGCAGAGCCCUCCUGUAAGCAAGCAGCUGGGGAAUGGAGGCAACAGUGGUCCAUACAGGCCCGGUAUUUCUACAGGGACUCCCACAGAAGCAGCGCCUUCAUCCACUCCACAACCUGAACCAGAACCUGAACCUGAACCUGAGCCUGAGCCCAGUGCUACACCAACCUCAGAUUCGGAAGCGUCCACAAUGCAACAGCCUGCUGUUCCACCCAGAGGACAGUCCCAAACUCCAGAAGCAGAACCGUCUCCAACACCAGAAAGUGUCCCUUCCACAUCACCUAAGGCAGAGCCAUCGCCAACUCCAGAACAAAACCCACCUCAAAUUCCAGAGGCUGAGCCAUCCCCAACUCCUGAACAAAGCCCACCUCAGAUUCCAGAGAUGGAACCAUCCCCCACCCCAGUAAGUAACCCACCUCAAAUUCCGAAUGCAGAACCGUCCCCCACCCCAGAAGCCAACCCACCUCAAAUCCCAAGCACGGGAUCUCAAAUCCCAAAUACGGGAUCUCAAAUCCCAAAUACGGGGCCUCAAAUCCCAAACACAGGACCUUCCCCCACCCCUGAAGGGUACCCACCCCCAGUACCCGAGACUGAACCAUCUCCCACUGCAGAGAGAGCCCCACCCGUGAGGCCAGAGUGGCAGCCAAACCCCAACCUAGAAUGGACGCCAAAGGCCGAACCAGAAGCAGAGCCCACAAGCGAGCCAUACGACCCUUACGGAAUGGGCUGGGACCACGUACCCUGGGCUGAACCUGAACCCAAGUGGGACGAAGCCAAAGACACCUGGCGAUUCUGGUGGUUCGUCCACAUCUACACUUUUGGAGGGCUCUUUGCUCUACUUGCUCUUUACUCCCUCAUCAGUAUGGUCAGACUUACACGGAAGCAUCUGCUAAGCAUGGGAUAUUUCUUAGCACUAAACUUCCUUAUGCUGCUGAUGGGUGCAUCACGGGCAGUCUACAUGUUUGUGGACGCGUACAACUCCUUGAAGUUGCUCCAUCCAGCGUUGUCCUACUUCCUCUUUAGUGUCGGCUUUCCGUGUAUGACGUCAGCUUUCUGCCUGCUGUAUCUGGCCCUACUACAGACCACGAAAAUGCAGGCAAUGUCACCCAAAGUCUACCAGACCUGCGUAAUGGUUUCCAUCAUCGUUCUACACUUCGGACUUUCCGUCGCGACGGAUCUCAUCAUCGGAUUCCUCGGUACGGCGAAGAUUUUGAUGCUGGUGUGCCAGGGCGUGUUCGCCAUUUGGGGUAUCAUCCUGGCGUUCUCAUACUUUUUCAUAUUCAGGAGACUGUAUCGUAGUGCUAGGCACAGGAUGAAGGAAAUUCAGCGCAUGAACAUCAGCAAGUCCAAACUGCAGGGAAUAAAUCCAAUCAAGAAGAAGCAGAAAACCCGGCUAGGGACAGCUGUGAAGGUGACCCUGGUGACUGCGAUAUUAGGGCUGUUGUGCUCCUUACUGCAAGUGUAUGCCAUGGUGGAAGUGUUUGGGAUAUUCUAUAAGCAGCCGGAGCCGUGGCCUUGGUGGGGGUUCCAGACGGCGUUCCGCCUGUGUGAGUUCCUUAUGUGCGUCACGAUGAGUUACGUGGCAACGCAACCGUUCCGGUUCCACAAGGACGGGCGACCUCGCGACCCCUGCUGCGGCAGAUGCUGCUACUGCUGUUACAGGUGUUGCUACCGAGGGGAGAAGAUCGAGCUCGACCUGCCGGACGGAAACGCCCACCACUACAGCGAGUUCUCCUGCAUGACGCACAGCGACGGCAACCUGGGGGGCAACAUCCACAACCCCCAGGGCACCAAAGACAUCGCCGAGAUGAUUCCCAUGAUCACCAUGGCGCCGAGCGACGUGCAAGGAUCUGUAUCUCAGGCGAGCAUCAUCGUCGAGGACAACCCCACCACGGAUGACGAGAUUCUAGAGAACAUCGAGGUACAAACUCUCACUACGACCUAUGACAACUUUGCCAGCAGUGAGCAGGACACAAGGGACGAAGAAGAGUACGACGUAGACCUGGAGGCACAGACUCGGUCCGAGGCAGAGGGAACAUCCAACACCACCAGUCCGCAACACUAUGCCACCGAUGUCGACAGCCCCCGCCAUUACGUGGACAUGGAGACAUCGGAAGAAUACCUUGACGGCGACAGUUCCCGUCAGCCUUCCAACUUUGAUAGCCCAGCUCACUAUGCUGAUGUGGACAGUCCUCAGCACGUGGUGGACAUCGAAAUUUUCCAACGUGACUCAGAUGAAACACCCAGUGAUUCCAACAGUAACUCACCCAGCAAUUCACUCAUUGAUACUCCCCUACUAGAUGGCAACUUAGACUUUGAGCCACCAUCUCCUUUAAACUUCAGACGGAGCAUAGACAAUGUCUUCACGAAUAUGUACACACCGGCAAAGAGCCGCAGUACAUUUAGUUUAGGAAUAACCUUACGGGACUUCUCUCAAGGGUCGGGUAAAAGUGACUCCGACGAUGAAACGUCGCUGUUGACACUUAGCACUACCGAUAACAAGUAUGGCGAUAGCACGGGACCAUCCUCCGAAACCCAGUCUCCUUCCAAAAGCAGAUCCAUGACCGAGCUCGGAGCCGUCGGAGGAAAUCCCAAGUACAAAAAGAAUCCUGACGCUGCAAAGAACAAGCCGAAAAUCCUGACAUCCUUGCCUAAAUUCUCCAGGUCGAGCCUUUCUCUAGGAUCUAACCCAUCUAAGCAGGGAUAUUCGCAGUUGGACGGUGAUGACUCUCAGAGUGGGGGAAGCAGCAGACAGGACACCCUACGGAGGAGCUUCAGCGACCCGCAGAGAAGGGAGAGGGAUGAGAUGGCCAGGGGGGAAGGGGAGGGUCAGGAGAGUCAAGCCCUGAGUGGGGAGCCCCUGUCAUCUCCAGUCAGUGUGCAGGCCGAACUAGGACACGUUUGUGACGCCAUCAAUGGGUUUGCAGUAGAAAAGGAUGUUAUAGACUUGUGAGGCUCUACUUUGAUGUUGCUCCAUUGUGCCAAUCACCAGCAACUAUUCACAUACAUUUUGCAAGAUAAAAUAAAGAUUGGAUAUUAACAAAGUUCUCUGUUCACAAGAACAUGUUUACAAGAAACUGUCUGUCACCUUCCUCAGGGCAAUAGUGACCAAUUCUACUUCUGUACUGCAGCUAGGUGUCGCUGCUGCAACACUACAAAUGUGGUCCCAAACAUAAAGCAUUGUCACAUUUACAUGCCAACCUGGAAUACUAAGAGACAAUUAUCAUUCUUACAAAUGCAGUGACAGAUGGUCACCAAAACAUUGGCUCUUGUCAUAAACAUGUGGUUGUGAAAGAAGAACUUUGCUAUUGAGUGAUUUUCCAACGUGAUGGAAUUAGCAAAGGAAAAAAGACUGUUUUUAACUGUAAGUAAUGCUGUCGACUGUAGUGCAAUUAACAAAUCUCAGGCUCAAAAAGGUGCCGCAUAAGACGGUGGAAAGAUUGAAGUGCAUUUUAGAUAUCGUUCAAUAUCUUUAUUUAAGAAGAUUGUGUAUUUCCAGUUAGUUCAAAUGAGAAGUUCAAGUUAGAAUUCUGUGAUUUUAUUGUUUUUAAGACAAGUCCACGUGUGAAGAACAUGUGACACUUCUGAAAUUUGCAACCUGAAAAGUUUGUAAAAAGUUACUCAAAGCCACAAGUGGUAGGAAUUGAAUGUUUGAGGAAAUGAUGUAACUACUGUUUAAGUAUUUGAAGUGAAACGAACCUGUUGCUGUAAAGUUGCAUACUAUCAUUUACAUUAUAAGGUAACAGUGUCUAGGAAGAUGAUAUGCUACAGUGUUGGAGAAAGGAACAACCAUGUCUUGUAACUUUCGUACUUCUUUAGUAGACGUUAUAGCUGAAGCGUACUUAGGAAUCGUCUGUAAAUAUUACGAUAGUUGAAUGAAGCUUCGUCAUGGAAUCAUAGGAAGUGAGCCAUUGUGUACAGUUCAAUGUCAUGGUUGCCAAGAGGGUGACUUCUGAAAGUGUAUAAAACAUAGGAAACACAUAACGUUAACCUUUAUCCGGGGUUACUUAUAUCCGUUGCUUUUUUAUAACACAGAGUAUUUAAGGCUAUCAAGUUGACGAACAGCGCAAUAUUUUGAAAAAUAAAUACUGCACUUUCUGUUGACUUUAUAUCGCUAUGUAACUUGUUUUUAAAGAUAACGGAUUUAGGGUACCCCACAGAUAAAGGUGAACUAGCGUUACAGAUGUGUGUGUUCUCUGUACAGAUUUUUUCCAUGCUUUGUAUGAUAGUUAGAUAUUUUAUGACAUCGUAUACAAGCUAAGAUACCUGUAACAGCCAAGUAUAUUUGGUUGAUGAGGUAUUAGUUAAAAUUACAUACAUGUAUAACAUCAGAUACAUUUUGUUCAAGGUUUUUUAGCGCUAUAUACAUGUAACAACUCAGGCUUCCGAGCCUUUUCUUAGCUAUUUAAAGCCACAGUUAUUGCAAUUCAUUACUUCCAUAAAUGUAUGUUUGGUGUAGUAUUAUCAAAUAUGAUAGGAACGAACAAGACUUGUUUGUAAGUCACUGUAUUGUGAAGCUUUACUGGCACUAGUAGAUAUUUGGUUAAAAAAACAAACAUUUUAUUAGAUUUUUACCUUACUUCAAGUAUAUAGGUUUAUACUGUGUUAUAAAGAACAAGGUUUAAA